AUGCGACCGCCACGCCUAAUAUCAAUAGUCUUCUGUAUCCUCUUUUUCCCGAUCUUCCUUACCCUGUUCUCGGCUCUUUCGUCAUCUCCUCAUGUGGCUGAUCCCAGUUCGCUCGCUGGUCAAACGACUGGAUUUCACGCUCUCUUCUCCUUCAAUAUACCAUCCUCACUUUUCCCACCAUCCGCUAUCAUCAGCCUUACCGAUGACAACUCGACUUUUUUCCUGGCCAGACCUGCAGCAUUUGGCCCUCUACUUUCUGAUAAGGGACUGAGUGGCCCACUCUGGGUGGGCAGUGGUUUUGGGGAGAAAACUAGUGGUGGCGCGGAAGGAGAGUUAGGCUGUUCGGAUAUCCCAGGAUGGGGGGAUGGUGACAGCCGUCGCAGUCCGGAUAAGUCAACGGUAGCUGCAGACAAGACCUCGUCAUCUGGUAUUAAGGAUGGUCUUGCGGCCUCUUUAGGUCAGGGGCGAGCUGAUCCCCAGCAAGAAUCAGAAUCCGAACAUCUUGCGGCUGGCGGAGCCCCUCCACCCUCGACGAAUGACGGCACCGAUGACCAUCUGCAUCAUCCUUUACCUGAUUCUGAUGUGGUAGACGCAGAUGCGCCGGAAAAUCCUGGAGAACGCCAAAAUAAGCCGGCUGCUCAUGCAGAUAUACAAUCCUUGCAGGAGAGCGCCGAGAUAAAUGGCAAAGUUGUGUUGCUAAGCAGAGGCGGCUGUGGUUUUCUAGAAAAGGUCAAAUGGGCUCAACGACGCGGAGCGAUCGCUGUGAUUGUUGGUGAUGAUACGCGAGGGGGAAGUCUCGUGACGAUGUAUGCUCGAGGGGACACGUCCAAUGUGACUAUUCCCGCCGUUUUCACGUCUUACACGACAGCACACUUGCUAUCAUCUCUGAUGCCUCCGCAGGCCGGAGCAGAUCUAAGCUUGGACGACAAAACUGGGUCUACACGCGCUGUACUCUCCAGCGGUUCGGACAAGCAGCGUGUGAGUCCAACAACAACUACAUCAGUUACCCCGUCUUCCACGCCUACGCCCCAGGCUGAGGUGGAUGAGCCGCUUCAGAUUGCCUCAAAACCGAGAACCGGAGCUUUCCACUCUCUCCUGUCACUACUAGGUUUGGGUAGGAGCAACAAUGGACGCGCUUGGCAAAAUUUUGAAGACAGUCGACGGCCACCUAACAGCGGAAACAUUGACUGGGUUCGGCUUGGUGAUAAGAAACAAUCCAAAAAAGCUGCACCCAGCAGUGCUGCUGAUGAUCGCAAAAAUUCCGAAAGCAUGUCGAGCCUUGCCGACGGCGAUGGCUUCAUCAUUGGUGUGCAGGACUGGCGAGAUCCAGACCUUGUAGCCCCUAGAAGCACCUCUCUGCCGUCGCCGAGUAGCGUGGCAGGCUCGGCUAAUACCGAGUCGGGCAAAAAUGCGAAGAGCUUAAAGAAGACAUCUAAUUCACCGAAGGGCGGUAGCAUCACUCCAGGAAGCGGUGAAUAUCGGAGCGAAUCUAGCGACAACAAAGAAUUCCAUUCGCGUGACGGCUCUCCAGUAAAUUCUCCUGGAAACACUGCAUCAGACAAGGGUUGGUUUUUCAAACGCUUCUUUGCGCCUAGACGUACAGGGGAUGCCAAGUUGGAUAAACCAGCAAACAACAAGAUGCGCAGAAGUACCGAUCAAAAUGCCAAGGUUACCGAACAUGCGGGCCUGUGGGUUACGUUGACACCAACAAGCAUGUCUACAAGCCCUUUCUUCGAUACCCUGCUUGUUCUAGUUGUCAGUCCUCUGCUCACUUUGACGGUCGUGUAUGCUCUCCUAUUGAUUCGAUCUCGCAUCCGUCGGAGGCGUUGGCGGGCUCCGAAGUCCAUCGUGGACCGCCUUCCGGUGAGAACCUACCACACAAUCCCAACGCCUUCGUCUGCAGCAAGUUCCUCUCGAUCUUCGAGUCCCGGACCAGUCUCGCCAACUUCCCCGUUGCUAGGCUCUCGGAGUCGUCCAGAGCUGGCCCCGUCACGCUCUUCCUUCUUCCGUGGCAGUACAGCUGAAGCCAAGAAGACUGCAAAAGGCGAGAAGUCUGGUUCGGCUUCCUCUGUUUGGCGCCGCAAGUACACUGGUCGGCAGGUGGAAUGCGUUGUAUGUCUUGAAGAAUACAUCGAUGGACAAAGCAGAGUGAUGAGCCUACCCUGCGGCCAUGAGUUCCAUGCGGAGUGCAUAACUCCAUGGCUGACGACCCGUCGGCGGACUUGCCCGAUCUGUAAGGGAGACGUCGUUCGCUCCAUGACUCAGAAUACAACAGCAGAAUCACGCGACUUGCCACAGCGAAUGGCCGAUGGUGAUGAUGGCCGUGGCUCCGAAACCCAUCGAAGCUUUUCAUCCGCCCCUAUGCUCAUUACGAACUCGAAUGAAGAUGAGACCUCCGACCCUGAACACCGCCGAGCCUCAGAUUUGGGGGCACUAGAAGGCCAUGCCUCCUCUGCGCCUCCGUCUUCCAGUUGGAGGAAUCUGGCAACGCUUAGCCUUUCAGCCUUGAGUGGCGACACCAUUUGGCAUCAGACUCGGGCGGAUAACGACCGAUGA